AUGAAACAAAAAAUUAAGUUACUUUUCCUUAUUAAAAUUACUCUCUUUAUAUAUUUAAAUUGGAUAUGCCAUUUUAUCAUUGAUGUGAGCGUGUUAAACAAAUCACCUUAUAAGAAGAACGACAAUGGAGGUAAACUUUCCAUAAGAACUUAUAGAUUACUAACCAAAUGUAAACAGGAUAGGUAUUUAAAUUUUAUGAGGUUAAAAGAAAAGAUGCAGAAUAAUGAAGAGUACGAAAAAAAGGAUAUAACUAAUAACGAAAAUGGAGUCAAAAGAAUAAACAGAACAUCGUAUAAAAAUUCAUUAAACACUGAUGAUGAAUAUAAACACUAUAAGAGAGAUAAAUCUUAUAUAUUUGAAACAAAAAAAUAUUCUUAUCUUGAAAAAAAAAUAUUCAAAGAUCUUGAUUUUUUUAAUUUUCUUAAAAACAACAAAACAAUUAGUGAUAAAACUUACAAAAAAGUAAUACUUAAAAAGUGUGGAUUGAGAUUUUCAUUACCUUUAUUAUUGUUAAUACUCUUAUUAGUAUCACUUGUAAUAGGUCGUUUUUGGAACAGUGGACUUAUAAAAGGGGCGUUUUCAGUAGUGACCAACAUCUAUGGGGAUAAAAGUUGGAUCUCCCAUUUUGGCUCAUGGUUAAAGAGUACCUCACCUUUUUCUGAGUUGUUCAAAGUUAUGCAAGGCCAAAACGUUUUAAACAAAUUUGUAACGAAUUUUUUUGGUUUUAUGAUACACGUCGUACCUUUUAUAAUAUUGGGAUUUAUUUUUAUUUUAGCGGUUGUUUAUUACCAUAAGAAAGUUAAAAAAUAUGAAAGAAUUAAAUUCAGGAAAAGGCUAAAUGUAUAG